UCUCCCCCCUCCCCUUGCCUCGCUCGUGACGUCAGUGCGGGGCCGGGUUUGCUGCUGCUGCUUCUGCUUCGGCGCGAGGCCAUGGAGGCUGCAAGCGCGGAGGGUGAAACUCUCCGAGGGAUAUCGUCCCUGGUGGAAGCAGGAUCAGACGAAGCAGAUGCUGCCUCCUCCAGGGAUGGAUCCAAUCCUUCUUCAGAAUCCUUGUCUCCUCGGAAGUCCAAAAAUGCUUCAGGAGGAGUGUCCGAGAGCUCGUUGGCUUCUAGCAGAAACACCGAUGAUGGAGCACGAACACAGGUGACCGGGAAUAAUAAAGAAGCAGGAAGCAUGUCGCCUGAAUCCGGGGGGAUUUCAGCUGGGUCCACUACCAGCCCAAGCCCAGGGAGCAAAGGCUUGCCAGGCCAUGCGGCCAAGACUUUCCCUUCAUCCCCCAGCAAAACGGGUGGUCCAAGCCGGGCAAAGAUGUCUCUCACUGGAACCAGCAAGUCCCCGACAUCUAUCCAGAGCUUGGCCAUGCGGCUGCUGAGUAUGCCUGGGUCGCGGCUUCCUGGGGAUCCUGGGACACCUGCAACUGAGACUCCGUCCUCAACCCCGGGCCCAGCCUCAAACCCAUCCCCGGCUCAGCCUCCAUCCCCAGCUGCUGAAGAGGUCAAGCCCAAGGUCCAUCGAGCCCGGAAAACCAUGGCAAAGGCCAACACGUUGCAGGUCCCUGAAAAGCGAGUCUCUGAGAUGUUACAUUUCCGAGUUCCAGAUGAUCUGAGGAGCAUCGAAGAGCCAGAGGAACCGGCCAAACGCAGGAAGUAUGACUAUAUGACCGAGGCGAUGCACAAACGGAUGCCUCUCUCUCUCCAGCGGUCAAGUCCCAGAGCUACAACAGAGAUCACCGUGACAGAAGAUAUGACAGCCCCAGCCACCGCCUCACAAGACGAAAGAGGGCCAGAUUGGGAGACGGAGGUGGGGGACGACUUCACCCUCUUCUACGACAGCUACUCUGUGGAUGGCCAUGUCGACUCAGACAGUAAGUCAGAUGCUGAUGUUGCUGGAGAGCAUAUGAGCGAAGAAGAGGAGGAAGAGGAAGAAGAAGAGGAGGAAGAGGAGGAGGAGGAAGAAGAGGAAGAGGAGGAGGAAGAAGAGGAGGAGGAGGAGGAUGAAGAAUCUGGUAAUCUUUCUGACAGGAGUGCUGCCUCCAGCUCCAAGCGCAAGGCCCGGAAGCGGUGGCGGAACGACAGCCCCUGGGUCAAGCCCUCUCGCAAGCGGAAACGCAAAGAUCCCCAUCCCAAGGACGCCAGAGGGUUGAAUGGUGGCCCUUCGGCCAUUCAGAGCGAAUAUACCGAGGUGCCUCUUGGCUGCUUGGAGCUGCCCAACGAAGGGGCCUUGUCCCCCAACCAUGCCGGAGUGUCUAAUGAGACGAGUUCUUUGGAGACAGAACGGUUUGAGGAGCUGCCCCUUUGCUCUUGCCGCAUGGAAGCCCCAACGAUUGAGCGCCUCAGCCAGCAGGCUGGGAAUCAGUGCAUGGCGACCGAAAGUGCCGACGGAGAGCUCAACGGCUGCAGCAGUAGCAUCUUGAAGCGGGAGACGAUGCGCCCCUCCAGCCGAGUUCCCCUGAUGGUGCUGUGUGAGUCCCACCGGGCCAGGAUGGUGAAACAUCACUGCUGUCCCGGAUGUGGCUAUUUCUGCACUGCGGGUACUUUCUUGGAGUGCCACCCUGAUUUCCGCGUAGCUCAUCGCUUCCACAAGGCCUGCGUUUCCCAGCUGAAUGGCAUGAUUUUCUGUCCGCACUGCGGAGAAGAUGCUUCCGAGGCCCAGGAGAUCACAAUAGCCAAGGCAGACACCUCCACCCCGGUCCCCAUCCCACCAUCGCACGGCCAGGUCAUCUCCGAGGGUACAGGCCGUGCUGACACUACACAGCCCAGCGCCCGAAUGCGGGGAGGUUCUAGCGUUGAGCAUCCUCCGGAUGAUACACCAGGUCUUGGUGGCCCAGGAAUUGAUAGUGCAGGUCCACGCUUGACCCUGCCAAAUGGAUCUGUGCUCUCGGCACAGGGUUUGCCUCCGGGGCCUGGGAGGGAACAACUGGAGCGUGCCUUGGUAGUACAGGAGUCUGAGCGGCGCAAGAAGCUUCGAUUCCAUCCUCGCCAGCUCUAUUUAUCGGUUAAGCAAGGGGAGCUCCAGAAAGUGGUGCUAAUGUUGUACAUCUGCCCUUCCUUUCCGGUGGAUAGUUUGGAUCCCAAUUUCCAGACUGAACAGCAGAGCAAGCGUUUUCCACUUCAUGCGGCAGCACAGAAGGGCUUUUUGGAAAUCUGCCAUGUUUUGCUACAGGCUGGCGCCAAUAUAAACACGCUGGACAAAUUACGGCGGACACCCCUGAUGGAGGCUGUUGCAAACAACCAUGUGGAGUUGGCAAAAUACUUGAUCAAAAGGGGUGGCUGUGUUUACACCAAGGAGGACGAUGGCUCUACCUGCCUGCAUCAUGCUGCAAAAAAUGGAAAUGUUGAAAUGGUCAGUUUGUUGCUCUCCACAGGACAGGUGGAUGUCAAUGCCCAGGACAGUGGAGGUUGGACCCCCAUCAUCUGGGCCGCUGAGCAUAAGCACAUUGAGGUGAUCCGCAUGCUGCUCACCCGUGGAGCUGACGUCACCCUGACUGACAAUGAAGAAAAUAUUUGCUUGCACUGGGCCUCCUUCACAGGAAGCGCUGAGAUCGCCGAAGUCCUGCUAAACGCCCAGUGUGAUCUCCACGCGGUCAACUUUCACGGAGACACACCGUUACACAUCGCAGCCCGGGAGAGCUUCCAUGAAUGCGUCCUCCUGUUCCUCUCGCGGGGUGCCGACACGGAGGUGCGCAACAAGGAAGGGGAUACGCCCCUGGACCUGACCUUGGAGAACUCAGAGGUGUGGUUCGCCCUGCAGCUCAAUCGCAAAAUCCGACAGGGGAUCCUGAAUCGCUCCGUCCGCACCGAGCGCAUCAUCAGCAAGGACGUGGCCCGUGGCUAUGAGAACGUGCCCAUUCCCUGUGUCAAUGCUAUUGAUGAUGAGCCAUGUCCGGAAGAUUACAAAUAUAUCUCUGAAAACUGCGAGACUUCCACCAUGAACAUUGACCGGAACAUCACCCAUCUGCAGCAUUGUACCUGCCAGGAUGACUGCUCCUCCAGCAACUGUCUGUGUGGCCAGCUCAGCAUCCGCUGCUGGUAUGACAAGGAUGGACGUUUACUGCAAGAGUUUAACAAGAUUGAACCACCUUUGAUCUUUGAAUGUAAUCAAGCCUGCACUUGUUGGAGGAACUGCAAGAACCGGGUUGUGCAGAGCGGCAUCAAGGUCCGUUUACAGCUGUAUCGCACUGCCAAAAUGGGCUGGGGUGUCCGAGCGCUGCAGACGAUCCCCCAAGGGACUUUUAUAUGCGAGUAUGUAGGGGAACUCAUUUCUGAUGCAGAGGCCGAUGUGAGAGAAGAUGAUUCCUACCUGUUUGAUUUGGACAAUAAGGAUGGGGAGGUAUACUGCAUCGAUGCACGUUACUACGGCAAUGUCAGCCGCUUCAUCAACCAUUUGUGUGACCCUAAUAUCAUCCCUGUACGAGUCUUCAUGCUGCACCAGGACCUGCGUUUUCCCCGCAUUGCCUUCUUCAGCAGCCGGGACAUUCAGACUGGCGAAGAGCUCGGGUUUGACUAUGGCGACCGCUUCUGGGACAUCAAGAGCAAGUACUUCACGUGCCAGUGUGGCUCGGAGAAGUGCAAACAUUCGGCCGAGGCCAUUGCUCUGGAGCAGAGCCGCCUUGCUCGCCUUGAGGCCCACCAGGACGCCUUGCCUGAUAGCAGCAGCCUUCCUGUCGCUCAAGCCUAGCUGAAGCCAAAGCCCAGCUGCCAAUCCUGGACUUUGGGACUCUUUCCCCCGAAUUCCCCAUCUUAGCCGCACAUUCGUCUCCCAACCCUGGGCAGCUCCUCUAAGGCCAGAUGUGGCAGAUGCAAGGCUUCCCGUCUCCGUGCAUCUCCUCAAAUAGAGGUGGGAUGAUGUGACCUUACAGAUCAGCUAUUCUCCAUUGGCUAUUCUGGCUGGGGCUUGCAAGUGGAAGACCUCAUGAAACAGACACCUGGCCUUGGAAGAUGCAUCCGGUUGGUGGAAAGAGAAGAGAGAAAGAUGUCCCAAUUUUAGAAGUGAAAGAAAGAGAGAAAAUAGAGGAAACACCAUCUUCUCUGAAGGGAAGGAAACCCUUUGGAUCAGAGAGAUGUCCGAGCGAAAACAAAGAACCAGCAACUCGUGUUCUGGGACUUUCCUCCCCAAUUUUUGUCCUGGAAAAUGUGUGUGUGUGUAUGCAAUAUUUUCAUCAUUUUGGAGCCAAGUCGGGUGUUCAGGUUUUGGUAAGGAAAUAUUUGUUUUGGAGAGCCAGGAAUCUCUUUCUCACUUUCUAUUACCCUUUUCUACUUUGGUCAGAACUUCUGCAGACAAUGGUUGUAAUCCUGUCUCCUGUCAAAAUAUCUGAUGUCUGUCCAAUAUUUUCAAGGUGGUCAAAAGCGCUAUUAUAGCGCUAAAUCAGGCAUGGAGAAACUUGGGCCGUGCAGGUGUUUUGGACUUCAACUCCCACCAUUCCUCACAGCCUCAGGCCCUUUCCUUUUCCCCGCUUAAGCGGCUGAAGGGGAAAAGGAAGGGGCCUGAGGCUGUGAGGAAUGAUGGGAGUUGAAGUCCAAAACACCUGCAGGGCCCAACUUUGCCCAUGCCUGCUCUAAACAGUUCUAAGUGUCACUAGUAGUAUGAAUCUGCUUCAAAACAAAACAGUGACCCUGGGCCACUAAGUAAAAUAGGAGUGGACUAUUUCUACCUCCCUUGAAUCCUGCUCCUGGAAAUGUCCUUUUGUUUUGCCAAAGCAAGACAUGUCUUCCCUGAGUUUUUACCAACCUGCAGCUGAGGAAUUUGCACGCUCCUUGCCAUACAGGUUUAGGAAAACCCCACUGUUCUCUUUCUGUCUGUGAGAAUGGUUACUAUUUUAAGAUGGCUAUCCUGCUUUUGCCAUAUAUAAGAUGGCUUGGCGGGUCACUGCUUUGUGCAGACUCGGUGUAGGAACCGGAGGGCCAACGGUUAUGUUCCCAGGGCAGUUGGAACAAUGUGAGUAUUUAUGUCCUCCCUUUUCACUUAUCUGAUUGGGCAGAAAACAGCUUGUUCACCUAGGGCUUUCCCCCACUUCUUGUCCAAGUUAAUGUUUGCUUUUUUCUCCCUACUUUCUUUUCGACAAUGAACAAUUUAUUUUUGUAUUGGUGCCUCGCAUUUCAAAGGCUGCAGUUGUCAGAGUUUCCUUCUCCCUUUUCAAUGUCUGGAGCAGCAGCAGAAGUCUGGUUCACCUUUAAAGAGGAUACUUUUCUCUCUCUUUCCGUCCCUUCCUUCUCUUUCCUAUCUCUUUUUCUAUGGAUUUUCACAUUUGAAAGGUUUUUUUUAACUGUAAUUUUUUUUCCCUGAAGCCACAAAAAACAAUAAAUGUUGGCAUCUGGUGAUUUUGAUACAAACAUUAGGAAACUGA